CUGACAGAGGAUAGAUCCGCAAUUCGGCAUAGCCUUCUAUUUUUCCCUUAAGAAAAAAAACGAAAAAUAUGAAUCUAUUUCACAAUCAAUAAAUAAAAAAAUAAUAAUAAAGCCCCAAGUUUAAUUUUAAUUAUUAUUAUUAUUUUUUUUAAGGAGCGAUCUCUAAAUCCCUCUCUCUAAAACUCAAAAAAAUUCAAAAUCCCUCUCUAUGGCCUUUCACGCAGCUUGCCCAAUUACAUGCCGCCGAAUUUGCUUCUGCUCGUUAGGGUUUCCGCGGGAUCUCCACAGCGAGAAAUCCAAGGCUGACUUCCUGCUUCAGGUUUCGAGAAUCGAGGAGUUUCUCAAGGAUCCUUUGGGAAUUAGGGAUUCUAACGAGUUGACUGUUCAGGUCCGUGUUCCUAAGGUAGCGCUAGUUCCUGCGACGCCUGCGUCGACGUUUGGCGUUGCUGCGGCUGGAGAUGGAGGAGGAGGAGGUGGUGGUGGAGGUGGAGGGAGUGAUUUGGGAGAAGAGGUGUCGGCGCAGAAUAAGCGUGUUGCGCUUCAGAAAAAAGCGGCAGCUGCUAUGGUUGCUGCUGAGGAUUAUGCUCGCCGGUUUGAGGCCGGUGAUAUGGCGGUUGCCUCAAAAGAUACUAUUGGAGACGAGCAAGGUAUGUCCAACUCAAAUGUAAUGUGCCGCAUGUGCUUUUUGGGUGAAACUGAGGGAAGUGAGAGGGCAAGGAGGAUGCUUUCCUGCAAAAGUUGUGGCAAAAAGUACCAUAGAAGCUGUUUGAAAGCAUGGGCUCAACACAGGGAUUUAUUUCACUGGAGUUCAUGGACCUGUCCAUCUUGCCGAAUCUGUGAGAUAUGCCGAAGAACUGGGGAUCCAAAUAAGUUCAUGUUUUGCAAAAGGUGUGAUGGUGCGUACCAUUGUUACUGCCAACAUCCUCCACAUAAAAAUGUGAGUUCUGGACCAUAUUUAUGCCCUAAACACACAAGGUGUCACAGUUGUGGAUCUUCUGUUCCAGGAAAUGGUCUGAGUGUGAGGUGGUUUCUGGGAUAUACUUGCUGCGAUGCUUGUGGAAGAUUGUUCGUGAAGGGAAAUUACUGCCCUGUUUGUUUGAAGGUUUAUAGAGAUUCGGAGUCAACACCAAUGGUUUGCUGUGACAUUUGCCAGCGGUGGGUGCACUGCAGUUGUGAUGGUAUUAGCGAUGAAAAAUAUCUACAAUUUCAAGUGGAUGGAAAUCUCCAAUAUAAAUGUGCCACAUGUCGUGGAGAGUGCUACCAGGUAAAGGAUCAUGAAGAUGCUGUUCAAGAGCUUUGGAGGAGACGUGAUAAAGCUGAUCAAGGUUUAAUUGCAAGCUUGAGGGCUGCUGCAGGAUUGCCAACUCAAGAAGAUAUAUUUUCUAUUUCACUGUAUUCAGAUGAUGAGGAAAAUGGUCCGGUGAUGGUGAAGAAUGAUUUUGGACGUUCUCUAAAGCUCUCUCUCAAAGGCUUAGUUGAUAAGUCACCCAAAAAGAGCAAGGAACAUGGAAAUAAAUCUUCAAGUAAGAAAACUGCCAAGAAAAAGGGUCCUCAUAUGUCUUUACUUAGUAAGUCAGAACCACAGCAUGACUUUCAACCUUUUGGACACAUUCUGGAUGAAAACAACGAUGAUGACAGUGAUUCUCAUAAAAAGGGAGGAAACAUAUGCUCUUCUCCUGUGGCAGGAAUCAGGGAGCAUACUGAAGGAAUUUGUUCUGUUAAUCAGCCAGCAGUUUUGAAACACAAGUUUGUAGAUGAAGUGAUGGUAAGUGAUGGAGAGAAGACAUGUAGAAUUGUUAAGAUUAAGAGUAGCAAGUCUCAUGACUUGAAUAGUGGGGAUGAUGCUGAAAACCAGGCUAACAAGUUGAAAGCUGUGAAGGCAAAAAAGUUGGUUAUAAAUCUUGGUGCACGAAAAAUAAAUGUGACUAAUUCACCAAGAUCUGAUGCUUCAAGCUGCCAAAGAGAUCAAGAUUUGGCAACUUCCAAUGGCAGUGAAGAUACAGGCCAACAUGGAAUGAGUGAUAGGCUUGUCGGGGAUAGGCAUGAAGGUGAUACAGUUGAUCACUCUGGCCAAAUAAGAAGUUUGAAGUUUCCACGGAGAGAGGGAAAUUUUAUUAAGUUUGGAAAAGUGAAAUCUGAAACUUCCAAUUUAAAUCCCAGAUUUGACAGAGGGAGUGGUGCUGAUGGAGAUGAGGCCAUUCCUUUAGAUCAUACAAGUGUUUCAUCGGGCAAAAGAAGCAUUGAUUCAAGUAGGGUUGCAAUUGAACCAGCAGGUGAAGUCCCUGCUUUAAGAAGUGAGAAGACUUCUUCAGGGAAGCAGCCAGAAAUCAAGCCUGAGACAUAUACUGAAAGCAAUGAUGAUUCUGGUGAUACACCUAUUUUGCAAUCACUGCCAAAAGAUUCCAAAUUUUCAUUGAAGUUAAAGAUUAAAAAACAUAAUCUUCUAAACCAAUAUUCUCGAAAGCCUCCACCCGAGGAAGAAAAGAGUUCCAUAAGGGGCCAAAGAUCAAAAAGAAAGAGACCAUCAAGCUUGCUGGAAAAAACACUGUAUAAUGAAUAUGAAGAUGUCACACAAUCACAUCAAGACAGUGAGAUGAUGGAAGCUAGUUGGAUAUUAAAAAAGUUGGGAAAAGAUGCAAUUGGAAAGAGAGUUGAAGUUCAUCAACCGUUGGACAAUUCAUGGCAUAAGGGAGCAGUCUCCAACAUGAUUGAAGGCACUUCGACAUUGUCUGUUACUUUGGAUGACGGUAGAGUAAAAAGCUUGGAACUUGGGAAGCAAGCAGUUCGAUUUGUUCCUCAAAAGCAAAAGAGGUCAACAACAUGAAUGUAGAAUUAGUUUGCAGUUGUUCAUAUACCGAAUUUGGAGACUUCUUCCAUAUUAGAGGUGAAGCAGCAGUCUCCAUUCCUUGAGACCAAACGGAUUCAAGUUACAUUUUCUGGUUUCCAUAUGGCUGCUGAUUCUUCAUCAAAGCUUUGUCAAUGGGGCAAUUCACUCGGUUACAUGAAAUAAUCCUGGACAACCGGGGAUUAUUUCAAAGGAGGCUCUAUUUUUACUUCCUUUCCUCGUUCCCCUCGUGUAUUUGAAUGAUUAUUUGAUUUAGAAAUGUAGCCUUUUCUUUUGGAUGUUGUAUGUAGGCAUCUAGGCAAACAUGAUUGCGCUAGCGUCGUAAUCAGUGCAUAGUAAGUGGCGUUUGCCUUGUUAAUUGUAGCUAGAAACAUGGAAUUAAGGUCAGACGGUCAGGCUCUGUUAUGCUCAUUUGGUUUAUAGGAUUUGUAAGGCUCCAUGGACCAGACUUCAUUCUAGUGUUUGCCAUUAAGCUUCAAAUCCUUUUUGAAGUAAAAUCAAUCGUUGCCAUAUUUGGUUUA